AUGGAUUUUACCUGCCCAAUAUGCCUCAACAUCCUGUUCCGACCAGUUUGCCUUCCCUGCCAACAUCAGUUUUGCAGGGACUGCAUAGUUCAGUCAAUGAACUGUGCUGCAUUUCAGUGUCCCAUUUGCAGAUAUAGACUUUCGAACUGGCUACGUAAAGUAAAAGACAUAGAUCUAGUGGUUUCACGAAAAACAGAAGAUGAAAUUCGAAACCACUUCCCAGAUUAUUAUGCUGCGAAAGAACAGGGACUGUCUCCUUCGUCGGAACUUGUGGUGGAACAUAUGUCAAGUUCAAACACAGAUCCCGUUCCUGAAUGUUCUGCACAACCAGGUGACGUGCAUGAAUAUUACGUUAAAGAGGUUGAGAAAUACUCUCGUUUGCGCUCCUUGGAAGAAAAAGAAAACGAAGAGGCUUCGCUGGCUCUUGCAGCUCAGCUUCUGUAUGAAGAUGGCUGUAGUUUAACAGAUGAUAUUCUGAUAUCUGACGAACAUGUUGACAGUUGUCGUCACAUUAACAACGACCGUUACCAAGCGUUGUCAUCUUCUAAAGCUAGAAGCGUUGAAGCAGAACACAAGAAAAAACUGGGCAACAAAGCACCUAAAAUUUGCAAGACAUUACUGGAUUACGCUGUCGACACUUUAAGUGCAGGAACGAAGCCGGAGGAACAGAUUUCACGUGAUGAAAAAUUCGCUCGACAGUUGCAAGCUCAGUAUUCAAGGAUGUUGGAUAAACCGAUAAAGCAAACGCGUUCACGAUGCAGAAAAUGA